AUGAGUGUAUUAAAAGCCUUGCCUUCAAGGGCAAGAAUCCAAGAAGCUCAAAAAUUGUCACAUCAAAUAUUUGAUCAGCUUUGGAAUCCUACUGCCAAAAGAAACCCAGCUAAAAUUUUAAGAGCUCCAUUACAAGGUCCAGAAUUAGUCAAAUACUAUGGUGAUAAUGAUGCUGUUCCUACAUUCAAUGAUUUCAAAAAAUGGUUCCCAGAAUUACAACUAGUCGAUCCAAGAGAAGCACACAGAACUUUUAUAGUGGAGGACAGAAAGAGAAGAAACAAGGGUGCUCCAAAGAAAAAGAAACAAUAG